UUGCCAACAUAAUGUACGCUACUAUAAUAUCAUUGUCAUUAUCACAGAUAUUACAUAAUUAUAGAGCUAUUAAAAAUCAUAAUCCUCGUUAAUACAAUCGAGUUUAAGAAAACUACUUCAUCAUUUAUUUCUUCCCAUUCAGGAAUCCAUUAUAUUGUCUUGCCAUACGUAUAACGACGCGAAGAAAUAGCUAUAUACUAUUUGGGCCAUGCUUUUCAUUUUUCUCAUUUCACGACCGAACCAACAGAUGUCCCGUGUCGGUGGUAACGAGAAAUCGUCCGAAUUUUGUUUACUAUUGACUUAUCGUCUCCUCGGCCGCUCGCACGCGCCACACCCGCACACGUACCACAAGCCCCAGAGCUCGGACGACGUCGACCAUCGUGACGGAUUGAAUAAGGGACACACGGUGUUUUUUUUCUGUUUUUGUUGGAAAUGGAUCAUCGACGCUUGUUACUCGCACGGAGCUCCCGACGCCGCAGCACGAUGUCUCUGAUCGACGUGCAGGAGGGCGUCGUGCUGUCGUCGCGUCGCCAAUCCUCGCAGAUGAUGAUGAACGUCACGCCGUCGCCACCUCGCAUCAACGUGAUCUCGCCGAGCGGCGGCUCGCCCUCGCCCACCACACCGUCGCCGUCGCAACGUCAGCAACGCGAUCGCAACGACUCGACGUCGAGCACGACCUCGAUCCUGGCCUCGGCGAGCUCGGCGGCGGGCAAGGAUAGCGGCGAGAUGACGCCCUAUCGGCUUACCCAGCGCAUCGUCGAGGACAAUUUCAGGCACGAGUCGUUGUUGUACGACACCCCGACGACGAGCGGCAACAACGGCGACGGUGGCAAUAGACGCGGCAGCUUUCUCAAUAUCGACAGCGCGCGCAGACGGCUGAGCAACGUCGGCGACGCCGUCAGUCGCAAGAUCUCGUGCACGAUCGGCUGGAAGACAUCCAACGUCGACACGAUCGUCCAGGAGGGCGUCGCUCUGUGCAAGUACUACGUGCGCAAUCGGCUGAAGCGCUCGGGCCUGCUGACGCGCAAGAUCGGCCUGCGACGCACGACCUCGUCCAAGCUCGUGGUCGAGUCCAAUCACACAGCGGCCGCCUCGGCCGCCACGGGCAACGGCCACUCGGCCUCGACCAUAUGGUCCGCCCACCAGAUGGUCCCCGAGCUCGCCGCUCUCGGCGCCGAGCUCGAGAAGAUGUAUCCGGAGCUGUACGACCGCGUCGGCCGACAGAUCGGCUGCGUCCAAUUCACCAGCAAGCAGCGAGUCGGGGACGCCCUGGGCGACGUGGUGCGCGAGCUCAUGCAGCGCGCGGGCGGCUGCAACUGGUCCAAGAUCGUGGCGAUCUACGCGGUGGCCGGCGGACUGGCCUGCGACUGCGUCAGGCAGGGCAAUCCGGACUUUCUCGACGCCAUCUACGAGGCCAUGGAGAACGUCAUCGAGGAGUACAUCGCGCCCUGGAUACUGAUACGAGGCGGAUGGAGCGACUUGUCGGCCAAAUGCAAAACCGAGCCCCACUGGGAUCCCGAAAAGUCCACCUACGCGAUAACGAUCGGCUUGAUGAUAGUCUGCGUCACGCUCGUGAUAUUCAUUCUGGUCUUGAUCGUGAGACUGUUUUUUCUGUGAUUUCCUUACUUCUUCGGUUUUUUUAUUAUUGUUGUUGUUGUAACGUAUCGAAGAACGAAGCUAUAUUUUCUACAGGACGAUAAACUUAAGAUAUCUAUUUUGUAAGUCAUGAAAAGUAUUAUACAUUCUUGUAGUUGAAGAAAGAUUUUUAUGUGUCAGGCCACAUAUUAUUUGCCAAUACAAUACGAGUAUUUUCUUACGAUAUUUAUUACAUUUUUUCAACUCAGAAAAAUGUAACAUAUACGUAAUAAAAUUCCACGAUUCUUAACCAUUGACGAUCUUUGAAACAAAGUGCUAACGCUUACUCAACGAUCUUUUAAUUCUCUUAAGCCGAGCGAAAUAAAAAAUCUUGAGGUGUUGGAAGCUCCGAAAUAUAUGUACCAUUUGACAAAUAAACGACGCCGAGUGUUGAUAAAUGUAAAUAAAGAGAGUACUAAUUUAUAAGUUUAAAUUUUAUUCAUUACAAUCCCGAGCAUGCGCAACCACAAUAUCCUCGAAAAUUCAUAUAAAUAAAUACGCGUGUAAACAGCGAGCAACGCCUGAAUCGGUCAGUCGGUCGAUAGAUCGCGAGCCGUCAACGUGCCAUACGAAAAGCAGUCAAAAUGAACAACACGAUCAACCUCUCGCGGGUGUACCAGGAGCCCGCGGAGACGACGGCCGAUCGGCUCCGCGAGAGCUUCAUGGCGGAGGCCGAUCACGACAACAUACUGAUGGGCCACUACAACGUCGACCGAGUGAACAAGUCCUCGUUCGGGCAGAGUUUGGAGGAGGGCGAGACUUGGACGCUCUACUACGUAUUUUUCUCCCUGCUGAUUACGUUCAUCAGUGCGCUGCACACGCGCUGGGUGCGCGACGACGAGAUAGAGAGAAGACGCGCGAGACGCGCGGAGCGCCAGAAUUGAUCGACGACGCCCCCCCACGAUCGUGUGUAAUUGUGAUGGUGAAUUUUUUAUUUUAUACUCGUGACCAUGUGUAGCGUAUUUUAAAAUGUCAAAUCCGAAAUAAGACUCAUCGGAUAUCGUUCGACUAAUAGUGUAUUAUUUACAUUUGCGUCUCUUACUUGUACAUAUUACAACUUGUAACUGUAUAUAUGUUCUAUAUAUAUAAAUUUUUAUAUACACACACAAA